AUGAGAGGACACUUCUCCAUCGAGUGGAUGGCCCAGAGCAGCCAGUCCCACACCCCCACCAGGACCCCCAGGACCCCCGAAGCCGCCGGGACCCCCAGGACCCCCGAGCCCAGUGGGACCCCCACGGCCCCGGCCUGCGGCCCCUCGGCCUCCAGCGCAGAGAGCCUGCCCGGGUUCUACUGGAAGGCCCAGCUGCCCCCUCAGCGGGCCCAGCUGCCCCCCCAGCAGGCCCAGCUGCCCCCCCAGCAGGCCCAGCUGCCCCCCCAGCAGGUCCAGCAGGUCCUGGACGGACUCAGCGAGGCCAGCAUGCAGCGGCAGGACGGAGGCAGGAGUCGAGCGUCUGAAGCCAGCUUCAGCAGCGGAGCGGACUCGGACUAUGAGAGUGAGGGUUGUCGGUCUGCUUCCCCGUCCCAGAGGCCCGGCGGCUCCUCGGCGGCGUCGCCCCCGUGCGGCCGCCGGUCCCGCACGGCCUUCACGGCGGAGCAGAUCCGCUGCCUGGAGCGCUCCUUCAAGAGGAACGCCUACCUGGGGACGCAGGACAAGGCGGAGCUGUGCAGGAAGCUACACCUGUCCGACAAACAGGUGAGGAACUGGUUCCAGAACCGGCGGAUGAAGAUGAAGCGGUCCAUGCAGGACGCCCUGGCCCAGGCCUGCCAGGCCGGCAGCGCCUCCCAGCUCCUGCUGUACCCCGACCUGCAGGCCUACCGGGCCAGGACCUUCCCCGUGUGCCCGGCGGUGGUGGCCCCGGACGGCCCCGCCCCCUACGGCCCCCCCCACGGCCUGCGGUACGGCUCCCCUCUGCCCCUGGACUCCUUCUACCAGUACGGCGGCUUCCCCGGCGUCGUGUUGCCUUCAGGGCCGCCUCACUACAGAGCACCUUACGCCCCCAACUACCCCCAGUACUACUGA